AUGGCCGAACCGUCGUCAUCACUGACUACCUCUCAACGCGCCUCUCGCGACCGCGUCCGCGCGUUGGCGAAGCAACACCUUACAAAUGCUCGCGCGAUUUACUCCUCUACCACCACGACAGUUUCACAAGCACAUCAAAUUCAUGAUAUCACCACUGCCAAGACUGACUCAAAACCGAAGAGCUCACAUUCCUCCUUUGCCUCCACCCUACCCAUCUAUCGCCGCGCCGUCUCUGCAGGACUCCUGCGCGCCCAGGUCCCAACUCCCCUCGGCGGGACAUGCGACUCUCUACUGGACCUGUCACUGAUGACCGAGGAGCUCUACUCGGUCGACACUUCUGCCAGCUUGACCAUCCUCGGCACGGGGCUUGGCCUGACGCCGCUGAUUCUCGCUGCGGCGGGCGCAGCAAAGCUAGAUGGCGAGGCGGGAAAGGGGACGAUGCAGCUGGUGCAGCGUUUUUUGCGGCCCUUUCUGGAGGCAAGCGGUGACGGUGAAGGUGUGGAAGGAGCGCCACUAGCGAGCUUAGUGUUCUCAGAGCCACAGGGCAGCGCGAACUUCGCUGCCGCUGAGAGCGAUGGGUUGCAAACGGUGGCCGUCGAGGAUGGAGAGGACUUUGUGCUUAAUGGCGAGAAGAUCUGGGCAACCAACUCCUCCGGCUGGGACGACCGCGGCGCCGACCUGCAAUGCGUCGUCUGCCGCAUCCCCUCGGCAUCCUCCCCGAAGGCAACGACAAAUGGCACCACCACCAAUGGCACCUCCCCAACCAACAACAACCGCACCCAAAUCGCCAUCCUACUCGUAACCCGGGCCGACAUCGCCCGAAACCCACUCUCUGCAUACAGCAUCCUCUCCCACCCCUCCACCCUCGGCCACCGCGCCGUCAACGGCCCGCACCAGCGCUUCACCAACCUUCGCGUCCCCAAAUCCCAACUCCUCGCCCCACCAGACGGCACAGGCGCUGCCCUCGUCGAAGCGACCUUCACCGGCUCCGCGGCCAUCGUCGCCGCUAUGAGCGUUGGCAUCAUGCGGCAAGCUUUCUCUAUCGCCCUUGACUGGGCAAAGAGCGAUACACGAGGUAGCCGUGAGAAAAUGAUUGAGAAGCAAAGCGUCGCAGACUUGCUGGUGGGGAUCAAGACGAAGAUGGAGGUGACGCGGGCUAUAGCCCGGCGGGCGAUAGUGGCAUUUGAGAAGAGCGAGAAGGUGGGGAGCGAGUUGUGCUACCACUCGAAGCUGUAUGGCGCGGAGGCCGCGGUGGAGAGUGUGCGGGAUGCGAUGUAUGCUGUCGGGGUGGGUAGUUACGAUCGGGGGAAGUUUGGGCUGGCGGGGUUGUGGGAGGAUGUGAUUGUGAUGCCGGUGUUUGAUGGGGGGAAUGUUGGGGUGAGGAGACGGCAGGUGGAGGCGUUGAUGAAGGGGGAGGGGUAUGAUGGGUUGGAGGAUUGA